UUCCAGGGGGUUCGCAAUUCUAGAGGGGUGGGGGGUCAUACCUCCGACCCCCUCCAAAAGGUUUGGAUAUUUACUGGAACUACACAUUGUGCGCAGAACUGGGUGCGCAAUGCAAUUUAGAGCAGUAACCUGAAAUAGCAAAAAUAUUCAAAUUGUUGUGAAGGCGAGAAUUCAUUUGCAAACACAGAGACUUAAGGGCUUAUGAAUGAACGUUGCCAAAUUAGUGCCUUGGAGUAAAUACGGUAGUUAAUAUCUAUUCUGAUCCACUCCUGAUAACCGAUGCCCUAGCUCUCGAUCUAUUGAAUUUCCUUCAGAGGUUUGAGUUGUCGGAAUUGAUUAUACUUAUUUUUAUGUAGCAUUCAGAGAUUGUUGAGAUUGAACGCGAAAUUGCUUUAAAGAAGGACCGAAAGAACUGUCGGAAGGGUUUGUCUUUUAUGUUGAAAAGCAGGCAAGAUUCUGAUGUCAGCCCCUGGCGAUAAAGUUCCCUUCUCUGAUGGACGUUAACUCAGCUAAUUACAGAUCAGCUUUUAAGUGACACCUCCGUGCCUUUAAUCCGAGAAAAAGAGCUUGAAAGCAACACCAUAUACCAAUUGUUGGCCCUUCUUUCGUGCACCGACUAUUCCUUGCUUGAGGUUUUACAUAUUUGCUCACAAAAUACUUCAACAAUCAAGUAUUCAUUGGAGUCGCAGACAAAACAGAUGCGUCAUCAAAAUUGAAUAUAGCAAAGCAGUAGGUUAGUAGAAAAAUGCCGCAAUCAGCAACAAGAGAUAUCGCGCUCCCGAAAACCUUUUAAGCUAUCAUCGUUACGGCUGUCGCGUAUGAAAAACAAUAAUUGUGACGAGAUGUUUUUGCAUAUAGGCUUCUACAAACCAACACUCAGUGACCACUCUUAGAAAAUUUUAAUGAAGAAAAGUUCAAAUGUUUAUACCGUUGGGAUUAAGAGAUAAAGAGUGAAAAAAAAAGCCAUUCUCCAACAAAUAAUCCAAUUUACAAUGCUAGCUUCCUGAUGAAUCGUUCUCUGUCGUUCGUUCAAUACGGAGAAAAUGAUUAAUUGAAACGAAAGCGGAAGAACUACAAGUACAAUAUCUUCUAGCUCACUGAUACGUCCGGGGUUCAAAAAGCAGUGUACACCAAAACAACGUCUCAGAUUGCUAAUAAAGCCGUGAAAGCUGCAACUACAAGGGGAAGAUCUGCUGGAGUCAUGGCCGAGGACUUGCCAUCAGCCAAUUCUAGCUACCUGAACGGCACAUUUGGUGGUGUGUUCUUCCCCGCUUACUCCCUAACGGAAAAAGGAGCGCUCGUCUUCACUAUGGCGUGCAUUUCGUUCCUAGCCAUCCCCGGUAACUGUUUGGUUAUUUAUGUCAUUUCACGCGUUCAUAACAUGAAAACAUCGACAAACACGCUGUUAUUGAACCUGUGCAUAGCUGAUUUGCUUAUUGCCGCGUUCUAUCUCCCAUUUGUAACGGUGGAUCUUUACAUCACCGACCACUGGAUAUUUGGCGGAUUCAUGUGUCGCAUUGUUUCUUUUUCGCAGUCAGUCGGCACUAAAGCUUCUAUCCUUAUUUUGACUGCGCUUUCUUUAGAGCGAUACCUUACAGUUUGCAAGUCGAACCUGGUGAUAGUCACAGCAAGAAACACUUGUAUCAUUUGCAUCGUGCUCUGGGGAGUUGCGAUAGCGUUUACUCUUCCUCUUUUGAUCGCAAAAACAACAAUCUCCAUUGAAGAGAAUGAAUAUUGCAUCGAGAGCUGGACCUCCUCGCACGCUAUCAUAUACACACUCGUUGUACUCACAUUGUUUUAUUUCGUGCCGCUGAUUGUGAUGACUGCAUUGUACGCCAAGAUCGGCAAGAAACUGUUUCGAAGCACGAGAAGAACAAACUCUAUGCGGUUAUCAAUUAGUAGCAAUAAAUUAACGGUCACUUCCAAAGCGAGGCUCACCAAGAUCUGUGUGACCAUUAUCCUGAGCUUUGCCUUAUCAUGGGCACCAACACACAUCUUAACUCUAGUCUACUACUUUUCAGAGAUGACUCCUGAAUCAUAUACCAUCGUCAACAUGAUUAUAUUUCCCAUUGUAUCAUGCGUGGCUUUCUCAAAUUGCGCUCUUAACCCACUCCUCUAUUGCUACAUGAGCCAGAACUUUCGAAACGCUUUAAAAACUGAGUGGAAGCGAUUAAUAAGACGAAAAGACGAUUCGUUUUUGGCUCGACUGCCGGGCGUGUUAACAUCACUCCGAGUCAGUCAAAAUCAGCAUCUGUCAGCAUCUCAAAUGUCUUCUAGGGUAGAACUCCAAGGUUCCCGAUCUCGAGUUAAUGAUCGACAGUGCCGCAGUCUAGAUACGUCUUCAAUCACGAUCUUUGAGUCCGCCGUUUAGAGGAUGUGCCCGCACGUACGAUUCAAGUGGAUUAAGAACUGCAUGGAGAGGAGCGAACACCGAUUGACUGACACAACGUCAUAUACCCCUUAUCGCAUCAAGCGAUAUUCUGCAGCUUGUCACCCGCUAGGAAGUUGUUCUCAAUUAAAAUUCGGAAUCUACAGAGAGAACAUAAGGUCGAUGUUCCUGGCGUGGUAUUUAUGUAUUGGUUGAAUUGUCAGUGCUUUUUGACACCGGUCUGCGCCCUGCGGCAAUACAGCUCCGCUACACACUGCCUCAAAGUGAGACACAUCUCACACGCGCAUCUGACAUAUUUUUGUGGCUUUAACAAUGUUUUCUCGAGUGGCUAACCAAUGAAACACAAUAAAAACAUGUACACGGGCGCGCAUGGGAAGGAUCAGUAAAUACCUAGUCGUAUGAAGAUCAAUAAAUACCAAACUGGAGUA